ACUACAACAGAGUUAUAGAUUACCUGCAGAAAGUGAAGGAUUCUCUGAUAAAUACAGUCUCACACCUCCAAGGGGCAGAAAAUUCUGCAGCUAGCUGCAGACAAGAUGGUAAUUCUCAGAACCAGAUCUGUCAAAAUGCUUUUAGAGAAACAGAGGUGCAUUGUUCUGAAGGAGAAACAACAGACUCUGUGCAAGCAUCUUCCAGUCCCAGUCAGCAAUUCCAAAGAACUCCUGCCCUGAACAAGACAGAAAGUCAGAAUGUAAAUCCAACCCAGACAAGUGAAACUGUGGAAAAAGACUUUGCAUCAUUAGCUGAAAACAUAUCUGCUCAAGAACAGGAUGUUAGCAGAGAACCUCCAAUGGAAAAGGAAGAUGGUGAACACAAACUACUGAUGAACUCUGUCACAGAGAAAAAAGAGUGCAAUGGAAAAGAUAAACCUCAUGAAAAGCCUACAGAACUGGCUUUUCAAGAUGCUCUUAUGAGCAGUGGGGAAGACAUUGUGUCUGGGACAUUGAAAGAUGUUUAUGACAGAACUGACAUGAAUCUUUCUGAAUGGGAAAAAAAGGAAGUAGUCAGAAUACCUUCAAAAGGUGUAGAAAGUGAAGAGCAUAGACUGACAGAGAACAUGGAAACAAAUAAUGAGAUGAGUAAAAAUUGCCCAAGUACCUUCACACCUUCAGGACAAACAUGUGAUCUCACUGCUGUGAAUCAGAGUGAUUCAGAAGUACAGAAAUCUAGACUCUGGAUUAACAAAGAAUUUCUAGUCGAAGAGAGUGGAAAGAAUAAACAUGAAGUAGUUUGUUUUAUUAAAGCCCCUGCAACUGUUCUGGAGAAUCUGAAGUGUAAGAUACUCAAUGACACUAGUUCCUUGCUUGUGGAGGAUUCUGAGGAGCUGGUCAGCAAUGUCAUCAGUAUUGAAUGCUAUGAUUCUGAAAAAAUUCUUUUCCCUAUCCACAUUGCAAUCCCAUUUACUUCAUGCUUCAGAGGAAAUUAUCGGGAGAUUAUGGUGAAGGUGACUGAUACAAACUUUCAAUCAAACUACUUAACUCCUAUUUCUUUGGAUGGAUACCAAGGAAACCAUAAGGAAACCUCUGCAGAAGUGAAAAUUUAUCACCUGGGUGUUUUUUCAGUGUUGUCAUGCUUAAAGAAAGAAACAUUUACUGUUCCAAAGGGAGGACUCACACAGAAGCUGAACGUGGAUCCUAGAGUCUCUUUCUGUUACCAUCCAGAAACAUUCAGUUCUCCAGCACCCAUGCAGUUAAAGAUUCAGCCAGUUGAACCAUCGUUGAUUUCAGCACUGAAAGCAAGACAUGAUACAUACCACUCAGUGAUAUCUACUAGUGCAAUGGUUCAUGUCCAGCAUCCUUCAGCCCAACCUUUUAACAGCUCAGUCACUAUUACUCUACCCUGUCCUCCAAACCCAGAAAAAAAAAGGCAAAGAGAUGAGACAGAACAUGCAAGAGCUGUUAGUGCUACAAUAAAGAGGGUUGCUGCAGCAUACCAUCCUCGGGCUGUGAAUGCUUCUGUGAGAAAAAAUGGGGAGAAUAUCAGUGAUACUUUGAAAUUAUUAGGCCACAGAAACAAAGAAGAGGGAUGGAAGGUGUUUGAUGAUGUUAUUAUCCAGAAGGCACAGAAUGGGCUUGUAUCAUUUGAACUAAAUGAGCAUUUACAAAGCUUUGUGGUAAUUCACCUUUCAUUCCUUUUGGAAAACACAUAUCUUCUCCUGUUUGCUCAGGCUCUGGAAGAAGCUCUUUGUAGCACAAUGGCUAAUGUGAUACUCUAUCAGAAAAGCGAAAACCCAUAUGAUAUAGUAGUUUUGCUGUCUGCAUCCAAGGAAUUGACCUAUGAACUUCAAAAUCUCCACGAGGAGGGAUACUUUGGUCCCCCAGAACCAACACAGCAGUUCCCAUUAAGAGAAGGAGAGCAGAUUCAUUUUAAAUUUAGAGGAAAUAUUUUUGCUUCAGAGAAUGGGAAAGAUUUUGGGAAAGUCUACAGACUGAUUUUUCAUUCACAAAGGAAACCCAGGCUGGAGCUCCAAAUUAAAGAAGUGGAUGAAUUUGGUAACCACAGUUCACCUCAUUACAAAGGAACAGCAGUGUUUUAUAAAAUUACCAGAGAGAUGAUAACCAAGAAAUGGGAACAACCCUUGCCAUAUGGUGAAUAUCAACACCAGUCUCCACUGUGUAAAUUAGCACUAACGUUACCAAAGCAUGAAAAGCUGAUCAGCCGUCCCCGAAGCACAAAAAUAAUUUCUUCUGAUUCAUUGGAGGCCCUGUGGGAUGACUUGCUGUUUUGGCUUGCAGAAGAGCUUGCAGAAGAUAAUACAUCAUUGUUGGCUUUACGUUUACCUGUUCGUCGCAGUGUUCUUCAGCUUGUUAGGCUGAAGUGCCCUGAUAAUUUAACACAGCAGAUCUAUGAGCUUCUUUGCUGCUGGAGAAAGACCCUUCCAAGGUCAGCGGAUCAACAGCAGCUCCUGCGUCGCUAUUUGCGGAAGAGUGGCAGAAGUGAUCUUUCAGAACAACUUCGUUUAAAGUGGCAAAAUAAAGUGUUCACUUGA